AUGUUCGACGUGGUGUUCAUAUUCUUCUUGUUCCUGAUUGCUGUGACAUGUGUUAUGAACUACAUGCCGGGCCGCAAAAGACAGGAAGCGACGGAGGAUGAAGUCGAAGAUGACGUCAUCCCACCACCUCCAUUGUUUGCUGGUGAUGACAACGAGGUUCCUACUACCAGCCGAGACACGUACGUGGUGAUAGCACCACCGCUAGAUAAUGUUAAAACGAAGGACGGCUGUCCUGUACAUGUGGUGUAG